GACGACUAGACGUGCGACUUUAUUGGUGUGAUUGUUCGAUAAAGUUAAUUUUGUAAUUUCUAUAGAUUUAAAUGCGAUUUAAUUAAAUUGUUCAUUGGCAAAUGGUAGAUUGAUAAUAUUUUAAUAUUAAUGUUUAAAUAGUUUAGUUCUAAAAUGACGCAUAUGCAAUAUCUUCCGGGCGAUCCUCGAGUAGUAGAUCAAUUGGUGUAUGAACUAAAAUCUAGAGGAAUAUUCGAUCAAUUUCGAAAAGAAUGUAUAUCAGACGUGGACACAAGGCCUGCGUACCAGAACUUGCGGCAGCGCGUGGAAACCUCUGUGGCGACCUUCCUCGCUCGCCAGGUCUGGAAGCCGGACCUCAACAAGAACCAACUGAGGGAGAAGCUAAGGAAACAUAUACUCGAUGGCAAUUACCUAGAGCAAGGAGUAGAAAGAAUUGUUGACCAAGUGGUCAAUCCAAAAGUGGCCUCAGUGUUCAUACCACAAGUCGAAGAUUUAGUUUAUGACUUCUUUGGAAUUCCCAAAAAGAAGUCUACUCCUACCCCAGAAACUUCAAAUGGGAAAUUAAACGAGAAUGACCUUUUGCCUACAGAUUUAGAAGCGGUCAGUCCUGGAUCAGUUAAAAGUCAUGAUGAUAAAACAGAAAUUAUGGACACAGAUGAAGUUAAUGAUAAAAUGGAAGUAGAUGAUGAUGAGAAAAAAAUUCAAGCAAAAGAAGAAAACUCUGAAGCUGAUACAGAUAAAGUAGAAUUGCAAGAUACAAAUAUGUCUAUAGCAAGUGAAUUUGCAUCAAAUGACUCUAACAGUAUCGAUAAAAUAGCGAUUCCGUUGCCAUCAGAAGAAAUCAAAAUUGAAAACAUACCACCACCUGAUAAUAGCCCUCCCAAGGCACCCAAAGUAGAAUUAGAUGGAAUUGAGUUACCUAAAGAGCCUAUUGCAUCUACUGAUAUUCCACUGCCCGACGAAAUACCUAAUCCUGAUAAAGAACACUUUUUCAAGCCAAUAAAUGCGAACAGUGAUGACGAUUCAAGCUCUGAUUCCUCAUUGAGAAGAAAUAUGUCUCCCAUAACACCCAUAAGGAAUUUCAAUAAUGAAAAUUCCUGUGACGCUCAACAAGCUUUUGAAGACGAAAACACGGAAAAAACUGAUGAAAUCAAAGAGCCUAGUACGUUUAGAUUUACAAUUGAAAAUAAAUCGCCAAAAGAUAAUGUAGACGAAAGCAAAGAAAAGAAGGUUGACCCGGAACAAACAGCUUUGUCUUACCAAUUUAAUAAUCAAGUUAAUAUAAAUAAUUUCAAUACUCCCUUGUACGACGAUAGUUCAAAUAGCAAUCUUUUGCAUAUAGAUUAUGAAAGCGAUGCUAACAGCAAAACAAAUAAUCACGAAAAUAAGGUUCCUGAAGUAGAGAACAGUGAAGAAUCCAAGAAGGAAAAGAAAACCGAUGACAAAAAGAGUUCCCAUAGGGCCUCUCACCAUUCUAGAGACUCCAAUAGACAUUCUAGUAGCAAAGACAGACGGUCUGAUUCAAAGCAUUCAACUUCUAGGGACAACAGCAGACAUGAUAGAAAGACAUCGUCCAAAGAUGAUCAUAAAUCUAAAUCAAGUUCCAAAGAUGAGUCUAAGGAUAAAAGUGACAAGAAGGAAAACAGAGAUAGUAGGGAAUCCUCUAAACACAGGAGCUCUCAUAAGAGUUCCUCUUCUAGUCAUAGAGAUUCCAAAUCUCAUAAAAGCUCCAGUUCAAGUUCGAGUCAAAGACAUUCUUCUUCAAGUAAACAUUCUGAUGAGAAGAAAUCAUCUUCUUCAUCCAGUCACAAGGAAAAAUCUGAGAGAAGCUCAGACAAAUCUAAAGAUUCUAAAGAAAAAUCUUCAAGAGAUUCCAAAUCUAGUUCUCAUAGAUCUGAUAAAGAUAGAAAAAGUAGCAGAGAGAGUAGCAAAAGCAAACAUGAAGAUAAAGACAAAAAGAAAGAAAAGAAAGAGACAGAUGAUCACUAUAGUGUAUCUGGAAGAGGAAAUAAUAAUCGUCGAUCAACUGACAGGGAUUCUAAUGAUGGUAGCUCAUCAUCGAAGGGGUCAAAUCAUCCGUCUAGCUCUAAAUCUUCAGAGAGUAAGAAAGACAGCAAAACCACUUCAAAAUCUGAUACAACAUCGACUAGUAGCGAUUCAACUAGUCCCAGUGACAAAGAACUCGUGUUGAAUGGAGUUGAGAGUGAGAACAAAAAAGAUGUCAAACAAUCUAAAGUAGUAAGAGUUGAUACACAUUUGGAAGUGCCCAUAAGUGCACCGCCCAGACUACCUUUUGUACCAGACGUUACUUUGAAGAAACCUAAAUUCGCUGAGAAUAUGCAUCAGGCUAGAAAACUGAUGAAAAUGCGCAAAUUUUUGGAUGAAGAACAGAAGAGAAUGAACCAAGAAGCCGCUUUGCUCCUAGAGUUUCAAGCAAACGUCAGGCCAAGUUUGAGUCAAGUGUAUUCAAGUAUACCCGGCCCUGAGCUAGAAUUUGCGUGCAUUACGAAUGCUGUGAAGAUGGUUGUUGGUGAAAAUUAUUCAGAAUCUGAAAAUGAACAACGCAACCUUCAAAAUGGAGAAGUCAGUGACCCAGCAAGAGAUACAAGAAAUGAUGCUCUCAUUGAAAUAUUGACUGCAGCACAACAAGUAGAUAAUAAUGAAGAAACAUCUACAUUGCAGUUGGAAAGAGAUUUAACUGGCUCUAACGAUGUCAAACAAGAGGAAAUAGACACAGAUAAAAAAGCAAAAGUCCAACAGCCGGAAACCGUCGAAAAAAUAACUACUCCUGAAUCUGCGAAGAUGGAAAUACGUCCAGACGUUAAUGAUCAAUUUCAUUUGGAUGAAGUGAAGAUAGGGGAUUAUAAAGUUAGUGAAAUAAAUGAAAUUAUAGGAGUGCCUGAUGCUAGCAAUACUUAUGAUUACACAGACAAUACUGAAGAAAACCAAAACACUAUUGUAGAAGAAAAACCAAUAACACAUGACAAUUUAGAUAAAGAUGAAUAUAAUAAAGAUACUAAAAAACCUCCAGAAUACUUCGAAGUAACUGUCAUAACUGAGGAAUUAUCUGAAACCGAAGAAACUGACAAAUGUAAGAAUAUACAUGAGGAGAUAAGAAAACACGCUUUGCUCGAAUGCAGAGACGAAAACCUACUAGAAUACUUUGGUGAAGGCGAGAAAUAUAACGCAGAAAUUGAAAGGGACAGAUUUAGCAAGUUUCUAAACAAUUUUACGGACAAAGUCGACAGAAGCAAAAUGUAUUUAGUAAACUGUGAUACUUACGAAGAGAAUUUGAUCAAAGAAGUCGCAAGCAACCACGGCGAUUAUGAAAUAGUGAAUUAUUACAAAAAUGGCCAUUUCAAAUUAUGCAAAAAUGUUGUCAAGGAUUUGAAUAUAUCCGAUGAAGUCGCUUUACCCGUAGACAGUGAUUUCGAAAGACCACCUAUAUUUAGCCCGGUUAAAUCUGAAUGUUCCUUUGAAUUAACAAGCGAUUAUGAUGCAAAAUUAGAAGAAAUGGCAAAAAAGACAUCUAGGCAGGAAAUAAUGGAGAUUAUACUUGGCAGCGCUGUAGACGAGUCGCCAAAUAAAAUGCCUAAGAUAGAUUACUGUAUGGAGUCUAGUAUUGUGAAUGAGGAUAACUCAUUGAAGAGGAAAUUGGAUCUGGAAGUUGAGUGUUUAGUAAACAAUAACCGGCCAGUUUUGACGCCGAAUAAAAUAAGAAAGUUCAGUGGAUCAGAUCAGAUUACGUCUACGACUGAAGAGAAUGAAGAGAGAAGCAACAACAGCAUGACAGCAAGCGUGAGGUCCAAGUACCUGGGGCGGGCCAAGAGGGUCGGCCUCCCGAGGCCCAAGAGGACUACACUCCCAAACAGUCCGUCAAGCGACAAAUCCGUUGAGAACUAUGAGCAAAAUAGGCCAACACCGAACGGAAAACUGAAGUCACCAGCACCCCGCAAAGUGCAGAGGUACGACACAUCAGACCUGUACAAACCUAAAUUACAUUAUCUAUCUAGACGGAAUAAUAUCAGUUAGGCAAGUGUUUUGUGUUAUAAAUAUAUACAUGUAUGUGUUGUGAAAAUAUAAUCAAAUUUAAAUUUUUUGUCAAAUAUCAAGCUGGUAAUAAAUAUGAGAUGUUGAAGAUCA